GACAUCGAUACCCCUUUCUCCUCGUGCUUCCUCGUCCUGCUUCUCCAUGUCCCAUUUCUCAGCUGAACAUUCUAGCGAGACAAAGGAGAACAACAUCUCCACUUGUUUUGUUCCAGCCAGACUGGUCCACACGGAACAGAAAGUACGGACGAAGAGAUGGAUCAUCAAAACAGGAGGUCGAGACUCAGUCAUUCUCGUAAUUCCGGAGUAAACAUUUUUCCAAAUAUGCAAAAUCAGGCGGGAGCUUGAGUCCCACAUUCACACAUUUAAUGAAUUGUAGCGACAUUAUUUUUUCCCUGCAGAAUUCAUUUUCGCGAUAACCACGGAACGUGUGUGUUCUGCCUGGAGCUCGAAGGCACUCUUACCGUGAUUCAACAAUAUCAAGUGUUUGUGGCGCAUGGAAAAUGCGAUGAUCAUAUAAUAGACCCAGUGGCUACAGCAGUAUCAGAUAAUCAUCACCCUGUAAACCCCCUAAUAGCUCGGUCCAUCAUCCGUCCGCUACCCCUCAGCCAUUCCCCCAAAGCUCGCAGCUAAAUCGUAUCUCCUACCUCCGCUACCACCAUCACAUAAUCACGCUUCAGACACAUUCACGCGACCCAUUAAUGCUGAAAACGUCAUAAUUCAUACGACCACCCUAUGGAAAUCCUUUUAU